CACACCGAGCCCACACGAAGUUGAGGCGCAGAGAGAGAGAGAGGGAGAGGGAGAGGGGACGAAGACAGAAACAGACGCGGGGGUUUGCCGCCUGCCUUCGGGUACAAACCCCGACGACUGCAAUGUUUUCACCAUCGGGCGGCGAUUAGCAACUUUCCGUCUGCGCUGACUGUAACGUUACGGGGGAGCGUUUCACGCAUUUGCACCAGCAGGAGCCUGAAAAAACAAGGCAAAGGAGGGAGGAGGACCGACAGCACCAAAAAAAAAAAGGACAGCACAUUCAUACACACACACACACACGAAGAAGAAGCCAGGCUACUACGGGUAUUCCUCCUUUCAGCUCCGUCUGAACGCUCGUUUUCAGCCUCCAGGAUGUCGGAGCGAGGAGGGCUCCCGCGGACUGGGGGCGUCCCUUCGCCGCACAUGCAGCCCUCCAAGCCGGUCAGCAUCACCUCCAACCGGCCGGUCCACAUGAACCUGUACGCUACCUGGGAGGUGGACCGAUCGUCACCCAGCUGCGUGCCGAGGCUGUUCAACCUGACUCUGAAGAAGCUGAUCAUGCUGAAGGAGCUGGAUAAAGACCUCACCUCCGUGGUGAUUGCCGUCAAACUGCAGGGCUCCAAGCGGAUCCUGCGCUCCAAUGAGAUCCUGCUGUCCUCAGCGGGGCUGACAGAGACCGACCUCCAGCUUACCUUCUCCCUGCAGUAUCCACACUUCCUCAAGAGGGACGCCAACAAGCUUCAGAUCAUGUUGCAGCGACGGAAGCGAUAUAAGAACCGCACCAUCCUGGGAUACAAGACGCUGGCCCUGGGCCUCAUCAACAUGGCCGAGGUGAUGCAGCACCCGAGCGAAGGGGCCCAGGUCCUGGGGCUCCACAGCCAGCUGAAGGACGCCUCGGUCCCCGUCGCUGAGGUCAGAGUCUACUCUCUGUCCAGCCAGCCCAUUGACCAUGAGGGACCCAAAGCCAAAAUGUCCGAUCGUUCUCCUGACAUCGACAACUACUCUGAAGAAGAGGAAGAGAGCUACUCGUCAGAACAGGAGGGCAGUGAUGAUCCCAUUCAUGGGCAGUAUCUAUAUGAUGAAGAGGAGGAGGUGAGGAAGAAGAAGCCGAGGCGUAAGCUCCCUUCCAAUGCCGCCAUCACCCGACAACCAAACAUCAAGCAGAAGUUUGUCGCCUUGCUGAAAAGGUUUAAAGUCACCGAUGAGGUUGGCUUUGGCCUGGAACACGUGUCCAGGGAGCAGAUCCAGGAGGUGGAGGAGGACCUGGACGAGCUCUACGACAGCUUGGAGAUGUACAACCCCAGUGACAGUGGGCCGGAGAUGGAGGAGACUGACAGCAUCCUCAGCACACCCAAACCUAAGCUGAGGCCGUUCUUUGAGGGAAUGUCCCAGUCCAGCUCGCAGACGGAGAUCGGCAGUCUGAACAGCAAAGGCAGCUUAGGCCGAGACACUUUCAGUCCGCAGGGGGAGCAGCCUCCUUUAGAGAAGAUGAAACCCUCCCGCAGCCGCAACCUGGAGGAGGCCCUGUCUGAGACUGACACAUUGGAGCUAACAGAUCAGGAGCUGUUUGCUGAGGUGGGCCCCUGCAUCAUGGUGUCAGUGGCGGAGAAACCCCGUACACCCAUGAAGACCAAAAGUGAAACGCAGACCAUGCCAUCACCAAGGCUGGACGGAAGCCACACCCCCCGACAGAAGCGCAGCAGCACUCCCAUGAAAGAGAGACAACUGUCCAAACCUCUGAGUGAACGAACCAACAGCUCGGACUCAGAGAGAUCCCCGGAGCUGGGGCACAGCACGGUCCUGAGGAAGGCAGUGUACGACCAGCUGAACCAGAUCUUGCUGUCGGACUCGGCGCUGCCAGAGAGCCUGAUCCUAGUCAAUGGAACAGACUGGCAGGGGCAGUAUGUUGCAGAUCAGCUCCAGGUACAGAGACACCCGGUGGUCUGUACGUGUUCGGCAGCUGAAAUCCAGGCGGUGCUGUCUGCUGUGCUCACUCGCAUCCAGAAAUUCUGUAACUGUAACUCGUCUAUGCCCAGAGCAGUGAAGGUGGCGGCGGUUGGCAGCCAGAGUUACCUCGGAGCCAUCCUGCAGUUCUUUGUCACUCAGCUUGCCAACAAGACGUCCGACUGGCUCAACCACAUGCGCUUCCUGGUGGUGCCUCUAGGCUCCCAUCCGGUUGCCAAGCACCUGGGUGCCCUUGACAACCGCUACAGCUCCUCUUUCCUGGACGGGGCGUGGAGAGACGUGUUCAGCCGCUCUGAGCCGCCGCAAACAGACCAGUUGGAUGUGGCGGGAAGAAUCGCCCAAUACAUCAGCGGUUCCACCGUCACACAUCAGCUGCCCAUCGCUGAGGCCAUGCUCACCUGCAAACACAGGACGCGAGAUGAAGACUCUUACCAGAAAUUCAUUCCAUUUAUUGGGGUAGUGAAGGUUGGUCUCAUUGAGUCCGGUCCUUCUCCCACAGGAGAUACAGAAGAGGGCGUGGCUGUGAGUUUGGCUGUCCCCUCCACAUCUCCCCCCUCCCAUGGGUCCCCUACAGGGAUGAAAGAGGCAGCCACUCCCCCCUCCUCCCCCUCCAUGGGCAGCGUCCUGACAGUACAAGGGAGUCCCAGUAUGUCUCACGGCGUGGAUGCCAUCGGCCUGCAGGUGGAUUACUGGCUGGCCUCGCUCGCUGAGAAGCGGCGGGAGGGCGAGCGUCGUGACACGGGCUGCAAGAACACACUGAAGAGCGCCUUCCGCUCGCUGCAGGUCAGCAGGCUACCAGGCGGGGGCAUCAGUGAUCCACAGACCCAAGUCAGCACUAUGGCCAUGACUGUGGUCACCAAGGAGAAAAACAAGAAAGUUCCCACCAUCUUCUUGGGAAAGAAGCCCAAGGAAAAGGAUGUGGACUCAAAGAGCCAGGUCAUUGAAGGCAUCAGCCGACUCAUCUGCUCUGCCAAGCAGCAGCAGACCAUCCUGAAAGUGUCCAUAGAUGGUGUAGAGUGGAAUGACGUUAAGUUCUUCCAGCUGGCCGCCCAGUGGCCCACUCAUGUCAAAUACCUACCUGUUGGACUUUUCGGCUACAGCAAACCCCCCUCUUAGAAGUGAGCGCCCCUCGACUCCUCUGACCCAGACUUGACCUUUGACUCUCCUCGAUUCUGCCUCUCAGCACCUGCAGAGCUGAGAGAGGACGUCGAGUGGCUGGACUCUUUUUCUUUCUUUAAUUUCAUGUUUGCUGCAGCCGUCUUAUUUCUAUUUGGGGAGGCAUAGGAGGAGGAGGAGGGUGGUGUUGGGGUACAGCGCUAUUACGAGUCACUUUAAUGCCCCUUUCAGUGUGUGUUUGUGUGGUGAGUGUGCAUGCACACGUGAAUGUACAGUAUGUGUGUGUGUGUGUGUGUGUUUAUAAGGGGCUUACAGCACAAGUUUAUUAGCUAACUGCCAUUUACGUUUCCGUUUUAUGGAAUGCAAUAGCAUGCAACAACUCACCGAUUUCAAGCCCUUAAAGUCUGACCCUCGACGUUUGACCCCUGACCUUUGGUGCAACCCUUGAAGGUCACCUCAAUGACCUGAUCCAAACGUGCAUGCGCGGAACUAACAGAUGACACCACUCAUGUGCCAGAAACAGUAACUCAAAAGGUAACACAACAGGGCUGCAGCAUUUGCAUGAGCCAGUGAAAACACAAAGAAAAGUCUCCUCCGCUCACAAAAUGCAGUCAAUGAAAGGCUGGCAUGUGAUGAAUUUCUCCUCCACAUAUUCUACACCAACAGUGCAGAUGCCCUUCAAAACAGGCCCAGUCAUUUUUUUUUAUUUCAAGGGCUUCCAUAUAACAGUUUCAAAUAUUCUUUCUCUACCAAAAUAAGUCAUUUGGAUGUUUAAUGCCAAACAUUUCCUUUCAAAAAAAAAAAAGAAAAAAGAAAAGAAAAUAUAUAAAGGGGAAGUGUCUUUUUUUUUAAUCGUGCUCUAGUGAAAAAUA